AUGGAUGCCGACAUAGAAUUUUUAAAUAAUGAGUGUGAUGAGGUAGAAAUUGAUAAGGAGAUUGGAGGUGAUGAAACAAUUGAAGAACCUAUGGUUGGAAUGCAAUUUUCAUCUAUAGAAGAAGUGCAUGCUUAUUAUAUGAAGUAUGGUAAGAAGAAAGGGUUUAGGGUAUCCAAAAGGAAUAUUAGACAGGAUGACGAUGGGACAGUAAGAUGGUUUUGCUUGGCAUGCACGCGAGGAGGCACAUUGAAGAGUACGGUUGCCAAUGUUAUGAAACCAAGACAAACAGUAAAGAUGGGAUGUAAGGCUAGGAUUAAUGCGGUAUUAAAUGUUGAAGGUGGAUAUAUUAUAUCUAAGGUGAUAUUGGAUCACACCCACGCCUGUAGUCCGGGGAAGGCAAGACAUUUCAGAUGCUUUAAGAAGGUUGAUGCUCGUGUCGCUAAGAGGCUUGAAAUAAAUGACAAGGCAGGAAUAAGGUUGUCCAAAAAUUUUAAGUCUGUGAUUGUUGAGGCGGAGGGUUAUGAGAAUGUAACAUUCGGGGAGAAUGAGUGUCAAAACUACAUUGACAAAGCACGACGACUUCGCCUCGGGGUUGGAGGUGGUGUAGCUUUAUACGCCCGGAGUAGAGUUAUGUAUGAAUCAUUCGGGGAUGUGAUUACAUUUGAUACAACAUAUCUUACUAAUGCGUAUAAAAUGCCUUUUGCACUGUUUAUGGGUGUGAACCACCAUGAGCAGUCAAUCCUAGUCGGGUGCGGAUUGAUAUCCAAUGAGGACGCAGAUACAUUCGAGUGGUUAUUUCAGUCAUGGUUGCAGUCUCACAUUGUUGAUACGGAGAAAUCAAAAGUACCCUACAUAGAUGCGUAUAUGACUCUUUCAGUCAGCAUGAGUUUGAUGAACACUGGUGCCUAUUCAGCCGUUAGAAGGAAGGUAGAGAAUAAAGCAAUUGCUAACUUCAAUUCCUUUAACACGGACAUUCCUUGUAUCAGUCGCUAUCCUCUUGAGAAGCAAUUUCAAAGUGCAUAUACUAAGGAGAUGGGGUGUGGGGAUGGUAGAUAUAUGUUCGUUGUUGUGGAUGAGGUUCAAAUAGAACAGUUGAAGACACAGUACCCUGGUAUCGCUGAUCAUGAUACUAGCAACACAGUUGAUACAACUCCUACGACGGAGGCUUCGACCCCUAGAGUUCUUAGUCCUUUGGUAGUUCGGAGUAAGGGAAAACCACCAUCUAAGAGAAAAGUGCACCCGCUGAGAAGAGUAUUAAGAAAUCCAGUACGAAAGGUGAUUGCACAACAACCAAGCUGA